AUGUCAGAAAUCAUUCAAGUUUCAUGUAAUUUUCCUCUUCUCAAUGGUCAUUGCAAAGCGGAAAAGUUUAAUAAACUCGUUAAGAAUGAAAAAAAUGAACUGAGAAACGCAUUCGAAAAGGUUGUAGGUAGAUUUGAAUGCGUGAACUAUUUGAUGACAUUCUUGGAAUUUUCGUUAAUAAUGUUCAUUCGUGUUGAACCUUGUUAA